AUGAUGAUUCUUUAGCUCUUCUCCUCCUCUGAAAAUAAUAAACUAGUAUUACUGUAUCAAACAGUAGCAUCUAUUCAAGGAGGUUGAAAAGCUACAAAACAGAAGCAGCCAAAAACAAGACCACUUUUUUACCCAUUUACUUGCAAAACUCCCCUUCCUAUAUCUUCAUAGUAUCUGCUCCUAGCCCUGCACACCCUGAAUCUUUGUUUGCAUCAUCAGUAUCAUAUUUUUUUAACUCUGCAUAUGUUAAAAACUGUAGGUGCACAGUUUUAUGCAUAAAGUUUGAGUGUCUCAGAUCCCAAUUUCACACCAACAUCAAGAAAUCCCCCUGCCACUUGAUUCAUAUUAUAUGCUCAUUUACAUGAUCAAGCAUCUCUAGCUACUUUUUUGUGGUCCUAAAACUGAAAAAACCCUUUUCUUCACAUGCUCUCUCUUCUUCUCAAAUCCCAUUAUAUAUACACAAAUUUUCAAGAAAAGAGUGGCUUUGAUUUUUUUUUAAAAAUGAUGCAAGAUCAGAACAUGAACAUGAUGGGAAGUAGUAGUGGUAGUCAUGAUUAUUCCGGCGAGCAGAACCACCGCAUGAAGGCGGAGAUAGCCACGCACCCACUUUACGAGCAGCUGGUGGCAGCCCAUGUAGCGUGUCUCCGGGUGGCGACUCCUAUUGAUCAGCUUCCACUUAUUGAUGCUCAGCUCGCCAAUUCUCAUAAUAUUCUUCGUACUUAUGCAUCUCAACACCAUCAUCUUCAUCCUCAUCAAAGACAAGAGCUCGACAACUUCAUGGGACAGUACUUGAUGGUUUUAUGCUCAUUCAAAGAGCAGCUCCAGCAACAUGUGAGAGUUCAUGCUGUUGAAGCUGUCAUGGCUUGCCGAGAAAUCGAACAAAACUUACAAUCUCUCACCGGAGUAACGUUAGGCGAAGGGACAGAAGCAACUAUGUCAGAUGAUGAUGAGGAACUGCAAAUGGAUUUCUCUUUAGACCAAUCAGGCAGCGAUGCACAUGACAUGAUGGGAUUUGGUCCACUUCUUCCAACAGAAUCUGAGAGGUCUCUUAUGGAAAGAGUUCGACAAGAACUAAAGAUUGAACUGAAACAGGGAUUUCGCUCGAAAAUUGAAGAUGUCAGAGAGGAAAUUCUGAGGAAAAGAAGGGCAGGUAAAUUACCAGGUGACACAACUUCAGUCCUAAAGGAAUGGUGGCAGCAACACUCCAAGUGGCCUUACCCAACUGAAGAUGACAAGGCAAAGCUUGUGGAGGACACAGGGCUGCAGCUAAAGCAAAUUAACAACUGGUUCAUCAACCAAAGGAAGCGCAACUGGCACAGCAACUCGAGUUCAAUGACAUCGCUCAAAUCCAAGCGUAAAAGAUAAAAAUAAGAAUCUAAUCUUCAAUAAAAGAGCAUGACUGAUCAAGAAAGUGUACUUAAUGAUGUUGGUCUAGCUGUUUUAUUAUCCCCAAGAUGCAGUUGUACUACUACACCUAACAUAUACUACUUGUGGAAAUCAAGUUUGAAGUUUAACAUAUAUAUUUGUAUGAGUUUAGAGAA